UUACCAUGAGGAAGCGCCAUCUAUAUAAGUAGUAAAACUUAAAAAACAGGAACUUACUUUUUAUACAUCUGCUCAUAAAUGAGAACCUGUUUACUUUUACUUGUCUAUCAGACAUAUUUGUAGCUUGUGCCAAACCAUAUCUCACUUCUCUUCAUGAUGUGGUGCCCUUUUUAACCUCUUCUUUACAAUCGUCAGUCAACGCAAACCCGAGUACAGGCAGUUGUCUCCGCUCACACGAAGUAACAAGGAGCAGAACACGGACAACUGGAUCAGAGGACGAGAUCAUCCAUUGUGCGUCUAAGAAUUUAAACAAAAUUUCAAACAAUAACGGAGACUGAGGACCAUUUUGGAGGAGCUUGGACAUUUUAUGAAGAGAUCAGAUUAUUAACUUAUUACAAAUGGGAUUGAGAAAGACAAUCUGGUUACUUGUUGGUCUCCUCUUCAGCGCUCCCAUCCAGAUCACCCCACUUGAACAGCAAUGCCAGGCACAGCAGUCCGCUUGCCUCGAUGACAGCUUUGUGCUGCAGUGUAACGUCCCAGAGCUGCAUGGUAGGAAGGCGAUGUACGUCUCCUGGAAGAAACAGGACAGAAAGUUAGUAGAGUACUCCAGAGGUGAGAGCGGCACAAAGACGUCCGGGUGGACCGGGUAUCACCUGAAUCCAGGAUGCUUUGGUCUGGGAGACAUCUCCCUGGGCAUCAGCAAGGUGAAUGAUUCGGAUGCUGGAAGCUACCAAUACAACGUGGAAACUGACAAAGGGAGAUACCAGGGAAACGUCGAGCUCCAUGUCUGUAUGAACUUAGUAGUAGAAUGUAAACAACCACGUACCACUAUAGAGAAAGGAGACGCCAUCAUCACAUGCCAGACUGGAAAGCUCUGCGGAGAAAAGCUGAUCAACGUAACGUGGACUAAAGACAACAUGAUCCUUGCAGAAUACUACAUGCAGGACAUGCAGUGGCUAGUCAGUGAGUCGCUCCGAUUCAGACUUCCAAGGGACUUUUUCAGAGAUGGCAACGUUUCCCUAAUCAUCAGCAACGUGCAAGAAGAAGAUCAGGGGACCUAUCGCUAUUCUGUUGGCACUGCAAAUGCGUAUGUACAGGGGGAAGUGAAGCUCAAAGUGAACUGUAAACUGAGCUACUUGUGGUGGCUUUUGAUCUUAAUAAUGGUGACUGUAUUGGUGCUGGGGAUCAUCAUUUGUAAAGCUUGCAAGAAGAUUCAAAAAAUUCUAAUAACAAGCCAGAUGGAAAGACUAACAGAAUUGGCUGGAGAAUGAUUGUUUAUGAAUAAAAUAAAUAAAUA